GAUCACCGAACGACAGAUAAUUUACCAGACGACGCCAAUACUGUGAUCAUUAGGUCAGGCAUCACGGGUACACUUGCUGCUAGAGAGCAUCUCAGCAUAUGUCCCGAUAAGAGUGCGGUAAUCUUGGAAGCACGCGAAUUCUGCUCAGGGGCGACAGGACGAAACGCCGGUCAUUGUAAACCUGAUCAAUGGCGAGGGUAUGGCAAGUCCGAAAAAGUGUGUGACUAA